AUGUAUAUACAUACACAAAGAGAGAGAGAGAAAGAGAGAGAGAAAGGGAGAGAAAUGGAUACCGUAGAAUCAGUGGUUGUAUUGUGGCAGACAAUCCACCGAUGUUGGACAUCAAAUAAGACACUGAGAAGCCACGCGGCUUUAUAUAAAUUAUCUCUACUUUGGACACUCCUUUCUUUUCCAACCUCCACGCUUGGUUGUUUUUCCACCAAGAGACAGGCCAUGUCAUCUGUUGUCCCCGAUGGUGAAUACGAUAUUGAUCUGUCAGGACUGUUUGCUUCACAGAGGAAUGAAGUCUUUGGGAUCAAAUCAGGAUUCAAACCAGAAAACAUCGAUGACUCGUAUCCUUCAUUAUUUUAUACGGAUGCAACUACAGGUGAUGAAAUUCCAUGUUAUCUAAUAUCGGAGUCAAAGGAGAAUGUACGUGCAGUAUCCACAAACAGCAGUAGUGACAAUCACAUCUAUUUUCAGGGUAAGAUCAAUUCCAACUUGGCCCAUGCUCUUGAUAAUAGUAGCUCCGGCAGUUCAAUGUCUGAAUAUCUCAUGAGUUUUGACGAAGUUAGCAAAUCGUUCAAGAUGGAGGCAUUCAAUGGGUUUAUUAAAAUGAAUAAAUCUAGAGAUACGACUGCAGUUCAACAAAAGGUGAAAAUACUAGGUAGUACUGCUUCAACGAAUGUGAAUUCCACAUCCGAUUCCUAUGUGAACAGUAUACUUUCAUCGUUUCUAAAAUCACAGCCAACACAGAAAAAAAAACACCAAACCUUGAGAAGUCCCAAUCUUUCACCUACACUAAAACCUGUUAGUAAGGUUCUUAGCUCCAUCUCUCCCAUAAGAAAGUCUACGACUCCUUCGUUACCUCCAGCAGAUUCGAAUACUUCUUCGAGGGCAGUUUCGCCUGUAGGUGCUAACGACGGUAAAAGCUUAAACACAACAAAUCAAGCUACAACAUCGUCUGCAUCUCCGAAUGCAACGUCUUUGAAGACAGCAAGGAGCUCAAGUGUAAGCACCUCUAGAAACACAUCGCCUGUACGUUCGCCAGUAAUGAAAACAAGUAGGAGUGCCAGCACCAAUGGUGGACUAGGGACCAAAAAAUCCGCCAAAAGCUCACUACUAAGAAAAGCUGAACGUGCUGUUGGGAUCAAUAGAGACAGAAUUAAAAUUAGACCGUCAAGUACUCCACAUUUGGCACCACCAGAAAGGAAACGUGAAUAUGCACACGAGAAGGUUCGUAGUGUCAAAGCUGCAACUAACAUAAUUCCACAUAGGGAAAUUAAAGAGGCAAGACCCGAUCAGACAGCUUUUGUACUGAAUCUCUCUCCGGAAUUGAAUGAUCGACCACCAGAAACCAAGAGCGGAAAGAACGAUUCUGCUAUAUUGAGUGACGAAGAGAUUGAAUUGCUGGCUGAAGAGCUAGAAUCAGAAAUGGCUCAACAGUUUGAAGAUCUCGUUUCCGAAGAAGAAGAUAAAACUAUCAAUUUCUCUAAAUCUGUGAAACCCAAUCAAGCCAGCGAGCGGAGUAGCCUCCAUGACACUAAUAUCGUUAAUGGUACUGAGGGAUACGAUAAUAAGACUACUACUAAUCCUGUUAAGAAAAUUGAUGUUCAUAAAAAAAUUACCGAGACAAAUAAUACCAAUACAGAUAAUACCAGUGAGGGAAAUAACACUAUAGAUGAUAAAAAUGUAGACAAAACUAAUAAAGAUAAUACCAUUAAAUAUGAGACUAAUGUCAACAAUGCGGCUGCUCACAACGACCAAAGCAAAGAAGAUAGCAGUAGCAGUCACUACAAUAGGGGUGGACCUGUUAAAAAAGAGCCUGAAAUUGUGACUAACAUAAAUAAAAGUGACAACGAGAAGAAUGUGGAUGAUGAUGAUUACCAACUAGAUUUUUCAGAUUGGGAAGACGCAGAUACAGUAGGUUUUGUUCUUUCUCAAGAUAAUGAUACACAGGGAAACAGUGAUUUUAACUUAAUCAUAGAAGAUGAUCCAUUGAAACUGAAAAGAGAAAAAGAAUUGGAGAGACAGAAAGACGAAAAGAAUGGACAAAAUGGACAGCAGCGUUUUAGGGAGGAAGUUCAAGAAAAGCGGAGCAUGCCUGUAAAUGCCAGCAGGAAAUCCGAAACACCAGUGAAAGCUCGGAAAAGACCACCAGUAGAGCCAAGGUCAACUGCUCCAAAUAAGAGGCCAACGAAAUCCAAAAAUACUGGUAUAAGUGUUCCUACUUCUGUUACUACACAGUCUUCUUCCUUACCAGGAACCGACGAUUUAGAUGAAAUGUUAGAUGAAGCUCUAAAUGAUAUAUCAGACGAGGAGGAAGUUUCUGAGGAAGAAUAG